ACAUAAACACAAUGUAUUAGAACCUAUAUAUUACAAUCAUCGUAAAGGGGAUUAUUACAAUUUUUUUGUUUUAUUUGAUUAAAUUUUAAUAUUAAAAAAUGAUUACAACAAACACGAUUCAAGAGUGUAGUUUAAUUUUACAAUAUGUUGACCUUAACGAGUGGAUAGUGAAAUUCAAAAUAGUCAAAGGAUUUCGAAACAAAUACGCCACACUGGUAACUUGCCUUUUAUAAAAAGUACUCUUAAUUUUUUGUCAAAUGCAACCCCACUUGUGUUUUUUGCUUGAUCGAUGACAACAUUGAUUUUCAUUCUGGUUGUCGUCUACUGAUUCAGGUGAAAAGUUUGCAAAUUUUUUAAGUUUCAAUAAUAAAUACAAGGAGAUAUGUCGCAAGAAGUUGAGGAAACAUUAAAACGUAUUCAGUCGCACAAGGGUGUUGUCGGUACCAUUGUUGUCAACAAUGAAGGUAUUCCAGUCAAGUCGACAUUGGACAACACGACCACAGUGCAGUAUGCCGGUCUCAUGAGUCAGUUAUCUGACAAAGCACGCAGUGUUGUGCGUGAUUUAGACCCAUCCAAUGAUCUCACUUUCCUGCGUGUACGUUCUAAGAAACACGAAAUUAUGGUUGCUCCAGAUAAGGAUUUCAUAUUGAUAGUUAUCCAAAACCCAACUGAUUAAUGUGUGCAAAGAUGGUAUUGUUUAAAAGAGAAACACUUCAGCUACUUACGUAUUCAUUUUUAUUAAACUGCGUUGCAAGACAUUCUGCGUAAAAUUAUACAAUAUAUCUUUUAAGAUCUGCUUGCAUAUUAUGUGAUUAAAUGUUAGUAUUAAUUUUGAUACAAACUUAAUACAGCACAAUGCAAAAUCUUUUGAAAAAA